AAGAGAGAGAGGGAGAGAGAGAGGGAAAGGGAGAGAGAGAGAGAGAGAGAGAGGGAGAGAGAGACGGAAAGGGAGAAAGAGAGAGAGAGAGAGAGAGGGAGAGAGAGAGAGAGCGCGCUCUCCAGGUUGUCGCAGGCGCCGGUCUCCGGUAGAACGGAUUGUUGUGCGCGGUGUGGUGGCAGCAGCAGCAGCAUGGCUUCGUCUCACGGGAGAAGCAGCGACAUGCGGUUUGCAGACUGGAUGUCAAAUUUACCGCAGAGCAUGCACAAUACCCCGCUCACCAACCUGGCGAUUCCCGGUUCCCAUGAUUCCUUCAGUUUCUACAUUGACGAGUCGUCCCCAGUGGGCCCCGAGCAGCCGGAGACGGUGCAGAACUUUGUUUCUGUUUUUGGCACGGUGGCCAAGAAGCUAAUGAGGAAGUGGUUAGCUACACAGACGAUGAACUUCACCAGCCAACUGGAGGCUGGCGUCCGCUUCUUUGACCUGCGCAUCUCCACCAAGCCCCGCGACCCCGACAACGAGCUUUUCUUCGCCCACGGGCUCUUCAGCGCCACGGUGAGAGAAGGUCUAGAGCAGAUCAGCGGUUUCCUGUCAGGUCAUGCCAGAGAGUGUGUGUUCCUGGACUUCAACCACUUCUACGGCGUGCAGAACAUGCACCAUGAAAAACUGGUGGCCAUGUUAAAAGAGAUUUUUGGAGACAAACUCUGCCCAGUCGUCUUCGCUCAGGAGGUGUCUCUGCAGUAUCUGUGGGAGAAGGAGUACCAGGUGCUCGUCUUCUACCACCACCCCAUGGCCCUGGAGGUGCCCUUCCUAUGGCCAGGGCAGAUGAUGCCCUCUCCCUGGGCCAACACCACCGACCCAGAGAAGCUGGUUCAGUUUCUCCAGGCGUCUGUCACUGACCGCAGGAGGAAGGGGACCUUCUUUGUCUCCCAGGUGGUUCUGACACCGAAGGCCAGCACAGUGAUGAAGGGCGUGGCGAGCGGACUGAGAGAGACAAUCACAGAAAGGGCCUUACCGGGCAUGAUGCAGUGGAUCAGAUCGCAGAGACCCGGGGAGAGCGGCAUCAACAUUAUCACAGCUGACUUUGUGGAGCUUGGAGAAUUCAUCAGCGCCGUCAUCACCCUCAACUAUCACCUGGGCGACGAAGACGAUGACGCCACCUGAGAGCCCACAGGGGGCGUCAGGGAGCACCACAACCACCACUACUACUAAUAGGGGCUUGGUCUGUGCUCUCACUCUUUUCUCUUUGGCAUUUAUUUCAGGAGGGGAGCUGCACUGCUUCUUUCACUUUAUUUAGGGCUAUAGUGAAUCAAGAGCUCAAAUGGCAAAAGGGUGUUGAGGGAAGAGAAGUCGGGACUGGGAGAAACAACCCUGGUGUUUGGUUGGAGCACGAAGAGAAUGAGGUUUUGUUUUGUUUCCUAUUUUGGGGAUCAAACUUAGUUUUUCAAAGUGAGACGUUCACUUUCUUUACUUCUUGUGCUGUAAAAAAUAACUGCUUUUCCCACUGAUCAAAUGCACUUACCACUUCACCAGGGGUAGAUUCCUCACAGCACAUUAUCAGCUUUCUGCUAAAUUAUUGGUACAUCAUUUUCGGUAUUCUAGAGAUAAUUUGUUUUAAAAUAAAUCUGUGUAACUUAGCUUGCCGUUGUUCGUCUGAAUCUCUCCAAGAGAUGUUUUUUUUUUAUUAUAGUAUGCAUCCCUGGUCAGAUCACUGAGGGUGUUUGAUGAACGCCUCGAGCAGAUUGUGUUUAAAAAGUGUUAUUAUGGGUUUACUCAAUACAUAUACAAUAAAUGAACCAUCUUCCAUAUGUUCCCCCAGUAGUAAUCUCUGAAGGGGCUUUACCUCCCAGUAAUAAUCUCCUCUGAAGUCAACUUGCUGCCUAGACAUUGAUCAGACACCGUUGUACAACGGUAAGUCAUUGAUUCACUCAUUCAAAACCACAGGGAUUUUUUUUAGAGAGCAAGAGUGCAGCUCCGCUAGCCGGGAAAAAAGCACCAAUCACACCAUGUGUACUCCAUUUUGGUGCAUCUAAACUAGGGCUGAACAAUUUUGAAAAAUAUCUAAUUGCGAUUAUUUUGACUGAUAUUGCGACAUAAUUUGCUAUAUUAGAGGGAAAGGAUCAUUUUUACAUCAUUAUUCUCAUUUUCAUUGAAUGAUUAUGAUGUGAUUUUUUUUGCGGGGAUCUGUACCAAACAAAGAUGUUUUCUUAAAGUCUGCAGAAUAUGAUUAUGUGGGCUAGGGCAUCUCUGCAGCAUUACAAUAUUUCAUUUAAAAACAAUAUUUUGAUACACAUUUCGUCUUUAAUAAAUACUGCGCCACGUUGCGAUUUUGAUAAAAUUUCGAUUAAUUGUCCAGCCCUAAUCUAAACGCGACAAUAAUUUUAACAUUGUCAGUGUGUUUAAAAUGUCAAAACAUGCAUUAGCUGUUGCAGCAAGGUAUUUUACAAAACAAUAAUUUCAACCACAAAUGCAAUCAAUGCUACUAGUCAUUUGUAAUGGUUAGGAUUCCAACGUGACUAAUUUCUCGGAUUUUGUUGUGGGUGCUGAGUCGUGAUAGCCAAGUAUAAAUAUACAUCUGGGUACGAGAGUGUAUCCACUGUCUGUUUGUGCGCCUAUACUUACUGCUGUAGUGCAGUAUAUAUGAGUCAUCAUGAGAUGUAUCAUGGUGUUGUGUCUUUCAUAAUAACAGGUGAUAAAGUUGAUGAACACUCACUCAGAGACGCAUUUUAUUUCAAGUCACAGAAGGCUAAACAUUAUAAUUGGGAGUCAAGUAGGUCUCGAUGUAACAGCAGUGCUUUGACACCUGAAAAAUACUACAAUAAAUGUUUAGUUUAAUAUCUAGCUGUAACUCUUUGGUGUCUACCUUAUUAGGUGUUUCAUGUUUCUGAAUGUUCCCCCGGAUUUCUGCUAUAUCAUUUAGUACACUUUUCCUUUUUUCCAUUUAUGUUUAAUGGGUUUCAUUCUAUACCCUGCUGUACUUCAUUUAGGAUGGAAAAAGUACUUUAAAAUGGCACCCAAGAAAGACAAUGAGAGUAUUUUUAUUGCAAGGUUUUACGCAUUAUGCAUGAAAACAAUCGCAUAAAAGUCAAACAUCCACGCACUUUAUGAUAAGUGUGGCAUUUUCUGCUGAGAAUGUAUUCUGUAAGGACAUUGUUGUCUAGUUUGGUAACGUACAACCAAAACAAGAAACUCUUUGGAUUUGUGAAUGUAUGUGUCUUGUGAGUAACUGUGCCAUUUCUGAAAAAGUCUCAUGUGAUCGAGUGACUGAGUAUCAGCUAGAAAGUCAUUUUUUUUGUAUCGUAUGCUUCAGUGUGGAGCUGAUUUCAAGUUUUAGAGUUCAAACAGUACUUCUUUCACUUCCGUGUGGUUUCAUGUUAAAAUGUUUUAUAUCGUGGACAAGUUUGUACAUACUGUAAUUGCAAAUAGUAUACUGCCGAUGAAUUGUAAAUGAUUUAAACUAUUGCAAAGUCAUUGAUAAUAAUUUCUUAACUUAUACCUUAACUGAGCUGUCAAACUGCUUCUUCGAUUUCAUAUUUUCAGUUUUGUGCAUGAACCAAACAGUUCUAUAUAUACAGAUAAUAUGCUUUUGUUGUUUACUAACAGGGUUCAUUAGGUUUGUGCAUCUCCUUAGUUACAUUGUUCUCAAGAGCAUGUGUUGCAUCUCAGCUGGAAAUGUUUUUACCCUUUAAGACACAUCUCCAAAUUAAUUUAUUGUUUAAAUGUUGCACUGCUACUAUCCCAUACAGAUUAAGAAUGAAGCCACACAAAUGAGCAGACUUGAACAUGCUUGUAAAUUGUGUUGUAAGGACAUUUGUGUCAUCCCUGGUCCAAACUGUUGUCAUUGCCUUUAUGUUCUGGUGUGAAAAGAGUCCUUUGCUGUUGUAAAACUCAAAACACUUUUGUUCAAAAGUGACUCUGUUCUAAGUGGAAACGGCAAAUCAAAUCAAAUAAAGCUUCUAUGCCUAAUGACUGACUAUGUGAA